AUGACCACACCCCGCGUCUUCAUCGUCCGCCACGGCGAAACCGAAUGGUCCCUCUCUGGCCGACACACCGGCACCUCCGACAUUCCCUUGACCUCCAAUGGCGAGAAGCGAAUCCACGCCACCGGCCGCGCGCUGGUGGGACCUGACCGUCUCAUCGUGCCCUCGAACCUCGCACAUAUAUACGUCUCACCGCGGAAACGAGCGCAGCGGACCUUGGAGUUGCUCGGAUUGGGAUUGAAAGAGGAGGAUUGUCCGUGGGAAAGGCACGGAGGGGUUGAAGAGGAGGGACAGGGCGAGAGAGGUCAAGUGAAGGCGAAGGUGGAGGUCACGGAGAGGAUUGCGGAGUGGGAUUAUGGCGAGUAUGAGGGUGUGACGAGUAAGGAGAUUCAAAGGAAGAGGAGGGAAAAGGGCGAGAGGGAGUGGGAUAUAUGGAGGGAUGGGUGUCCGGGUGGAGAGUCUCCACAACAAAUCACGGAGCGACUGGAUGCGUUGAUCAAGGACAUUCGAGAGCGAUUCCACGCGCACGCGAUUGGCAAACCGAAGGGCUCGGUCAAGGAGCCGUUCGAUGUCUUGAUCGUGGCGCAUGGACAUAUCUUGAGAGCGUUUGCAGGGAGGUGGGUCGGAAAGGACAUUGCAGAGAACCCGAGUCUGAUUCUCGAAGCUGGAGGCGUUGGCACGCUGUCGUACGAACACCAUAAUCUCGACGAGCCGGCGAUCUUAUUGGGUGGAGCGUUCAUGUCGGACAUUGUCGAAAACGCGGAGGAGCCCGGCAAAUCAUGA